CCAUUCGCGGCGGCUGCUGCAGCUCAGACCGCUUCUUCCUCCUCCUCCUCCUCCGGGCGCCGGGUGUGUGGAUGUGUGAGUGUGUGUAUUUUGCAGGUGUGUCCGUUUUAAUUCUGCCCAGUAGGUGGGACUUGGUGACUUUAGCACCAUAUUUUCCUUUUCCAUUUUUUUUUCCUUUUUCUUUUUUUGCCUCCCCACCGUCUGUUGCAACCCGGCAAAGUCUCGGAGUCGGAGAGCGCGGCUCGCUUCCCGAGCCCCCGGACCCGGCGAGCCGGCGAGCGCAGAGCCGGCCACCAUGCCAGGCAGACCGCGCCACUAGGCGCUCCCCGCGGCUCCCACCCAGCGGCGGCGGCGGCGGCGGCCGCGAUGGUUUCAGACGCUGAAGGAUUUUGCAUCUGAUCGCACGGCGUUUCAAAGGCAGAGGCCCCCCUCCCCCUUCCCCCCUCCCUCGCCGUCUUUGUUUCCUUCCCCCCCAGCUCUCCCCACUCCCCCCACCCCACCCCCCUCUCCUCUCCUCCUCCUCUUUUUUAGAAGCAGCGAUCGGAGAUGGAUGUCUCUCUUUGCCCAGCCAAGUGUAGUUUCUGGCGGAUUUUCUUGCUGGGAAGCGUCUGGCUGGACUAUGUGGGUUCCGUGCUGGCUUGCCCUGCAAAUUGUGUCUGCAGCAAGACUGAGAUCAAUUGCCGGCGGCCGGACGAUGGGAAUCUCUUCCCCCUCCUGGAAGGGCAGGAUUCAGGGAACAGCAAUGGGAAUGCCAGCAUCAACAUCACGGACAUCUCAAGGAAUAUCACUUCCAUACACAUAGAGAACUGGCGCGGUCUGCACACGCUCAACGCCGUGGACAUGGAGCUCUACACCGGCCUCCAGAAACUGACCAUCAAGAACUCAGGACUUCGGAACAUCCAGCCCAGAGCCUUUGCCAAAAAUCCCCACUUGCGCUAUAUAAACCUGUCGAGUAACCGGCUCACCACACUCUCAUGGCAGCUCUUCCAGACGCUGAGUCUUCGGGAAUUGAGGUUGGAGCAGAACUUCUUCAACUGCAGCUGUGACAUCCGCUGGAUGCAGCUGUGGCAGGAGCAGGGGGAGGCCAAGCUGAACAGCCAGAACCUCUACUGCAUCAGUGCCGAUGGCUCCCAGCUCCCACUUUUCCGCAUGAACAUCAGCCAGUGCGACCUGCCUGAGAUCAGCGUGAGCCAUGCCAACCUGACCGUACGGGAGGGUGACAAUGCUGUCAUCACUUGCAAUGGCUCUGGAUCGCCCCUGCCCGACGUGGACUGGAUAGUCACCGGACUGCAGUCCAUCAACACCCACCAGACAAAUCUGAACUGGACCAAUGUACACGCCAUCAACCUGACGCUGGUAAAUGUGACGAGUGAGGACAACGGCUUCACCCUGACGUGCAUUGCAGAGAACGUGGUGGGCAUGAGCAAUGCCAGCGUCGCCCUCACUGUCCACUACCCCCCGCGCGUGGUGAGCCUGGAGGAGCCCGAGCUGCGCCUGGAACAUUGCAUCGAGUUCGUGGUGCGCGGCAACCCGCCGCCCACACUGCACUGGCUGCACAACGGGCAGCCGCUGCGUGAGUCCAAGAUCAUCCACGUGGAGUACUACCAGGAGGGCGAGGUCUCCGAGGGCUGCCUGCUCUUCAACAAGCCCACCCACUACAACAACGGCAACUAUACCCUCAUCGCCAAGAACCCCCUGGGCACAGCCAACCAGACCAUCAAUGGCCACUUCCUCAAGGAGCCCUUUCCAGAGAGCACGGAUAACUUUGUCUCUUUCUACGAAGUGAGCCCCACCCCUCCUAUCACUGUGACCCAUAAACCAGAGGAAGACACUUUUGGGGUAUCCAUAGCCGUUGGACUUGCUGCUUUUGCCUGUGUCCUGUUGGUGGUUCUCUUUAUCAUGAUCAACAAGUAUGGUCGACGGUCCAAAUUUGGAAUGAAGGGUCCCGUGGCUGUCAUCAGUGGCGAGGAGGACUCAGCCAGCCCGCUGCAUCACAUCAACCAUGGCAUCACCACGCCCUCGUCUCUGGAUGCCGGGCCGGACACAGUGGUCAUCGGCAUGACUCGCAUCCCGGUCAUUGAGAACCCCCAGUACUUCCGUCAGGGACACAACUGCCACAAGCCAGACACAUAUGUGCAGCACAUUAAAAGGAGAGACAUCGUGUUGAAGCGAGAACUGGGCGAGGGAGCCUUUGGAAAGGUCUUCCUGGCCGAGUGCUACAACCUCAGCCCCACCAAGGACAAGAUGCUUGUGGCCGUGAAGGCCCUGAAGGAUCCCACCCUGGCGGCCAGGAAGGAUUUCCAGAGGGAAGCUGAACUGCUCACCAACCUGCAGCACGAGCACAUUGUCAAGUUCUAUGGGGUGUGUGGCGACGGGGACCCCCUCAUCAUGGUCUUUGAAUACAUGAAGCACGGAGAUCUGAACAAGUUCCUCAGGGCCCAUGGGCCAGAUGCAAUGAUCCUUGUGGAUGGGCAGCCACGCCAGGCAAAAGGAGAGCUGGGGCUCUCCCAAAUGCUCCACAUUGCCAGUCAGAUUGCCUCUGGCAUGGUGUACCUGGCCUCCCAGCAUUUCGUGCACCGGGACCUGGCCACCAGGAACUGCCUGGUUGGAGCCAACCUUCUGGUGAAGAUCGGAGACUUCGGCAUGUCCAGAGAUGUCUACAGCACCGAUUACUACAGGCUCUUUAAUCCAUCUGGAAAUGAUUUUUGUAUAUGGUGUGAGGUGGGAGGACACACCAUGCUCCCCAUUCGUUGGAUGCCCCCUGAAAGCAUCAUGUACCGGAAGUUCACUACGGAAAGCGAUGUGUGGAGCUUUGGGGUGAUUCUCUGGGAGAUCUUCACCUAUGGAAAGCAGCCAUGGUUCCAGCUCUCAAACACAGAGGUCAUUGAGUGCAUCACCCAAGGUCGUGUUUUGGAGAGGCCCCGAGUCUGCCCCAAAGAGGUGUAUGAUGUUAUGCUGGGGUGCUGGCAGAGGGAACCGCAGCAGCGGCUGAACAUCAAGGAGAUCUACAAAAUCCUCCAUGCUCUGGGGAAAGCCACCCCCAUCUACUUGGACAUCCUUGGCUAGUGGUGGCCAGUGGUCGUGAAUUCAUAUUCUGUUGCCUCCUCUCUCCCGGCCUCACACCCCUUCUUUUCCACCGCACAGACUCUUUUCUUCCAUCCUUGACUGAAGCAAACAUCUUCAUAUAAACUCAAGUGCCUGCUACACAUACAACACUGAAAAAAAAAGAAAGAAUGAAAACCCUGUAAGGCAGUUUGGCAUAUAUAUAUAUAUUAUAUAUAUAUAUAUAUAUAAUAUAUAUAUAUUUAUAUAUCUAACUAUCUAUCUAUCUGUAUCUACAGAGAGAUAACCUCUUCUCUAAUGCACAGAGAAGCUGCUGAUACACAAACCAUAAGACUGUAACAACAACUCAGAAAAUCUUAAGUAUUAUGAAUGCAGUUGAAACUUCCCUUAGACGUAGGCUGUGGCCCGUGCUUCUUCAGCUCCAACUUCUGGGAGCAGAAGACCUUGACGAUGCACAGAGACAAUCUUCGUGUUGGGAGUGGAGGAGCUGGGGUGGAGUGCCAAUCACUGCUGCACAGGUGAUCAUCUGCACAGGUGUGUUAGCUCCAAGCUCUGCAUAUGUGCAUGGGCAGACCUCAUCGACAGGCUCAGCAAGGAAAGAACACUGAACCAGGGGCCUCUGGGACACCUCACACAUCCCCUGACCAUCUCCUCCAUGCCUUCCUCCUUUCCUCCACCUCAAGACGAUUUUCUAAUCUGUCUUUUCUAGAAAAUAUAGUACUGAUGCUUUGGGGAGUCAACAAUGGCGCCUACAGGUAAACACUGAACAAACAACAACGACAGCAAAACAUAAAACCAUGGCAACAGUGGACUACAUCCAUCUUGUAAACCAUGCUCAAGUUCCUUCCUAAAUUUGAAAGAGAUGUGUCAUCUCUCCUCUGAACUUCAAGAACUGGACUUUCUGGAUUUCAAGAACCACAGAAUUAAAAGCUGAAACCUGAACCCUGUCAAGGCACUGCCUCCUGUCUUUCCAUCAUUGGAAAGUCUCCUUGGCCGUACCCCCGACAUUCAGGCUAUUGGGGAGUUAAGGGGGGUGUCAGACAUCCCCCAUGUUGUCUGCACAUGUGGGCACAGCAGGGUUCCAACGGCAGGAGACUUCAUUCUUUGCAAGUCUUAUAAGGUCUGCCCCUCUGGGUCGUCUAUUUCUCGACCCGCCUUCUCUAGAUUCUAGCUCCCACUUCCUGGGCCUCUAUGGAGUCCCAGGUAAACCCCACUGCUGAGAAAGGGGCCCAGGUCCGGCGAGAGGCCGGGGCAGUGCUUGCUUCAGGGAGCCAGGAAGUGGAGUGG